CCCGGGUGGUGCAGUGACGUCGGCCUCUGCUGGAGCUGAGAGCAGUUCCUCCCAACACCUCGACUUACAACUUCAAGAGCUGGAUCGCAUCCGCAAUGGACAACAAAUCUUCAAUCUUCGACGGGGAUCCCCCUAGCAACGCUUCAUCCCCAGAGCCGAAACCAGAAGAACGUGUCAUUGGCAGUUCAUCGCAACCUCCCACCGCAGCUACCUCAACUGCACCACCAUACUCACCCAUCUACGCCACCGCGCAACCCGACGAUAUACCUUCCCUGCCCGUGCAAACGCCUGCGCCUGCGCCGACAGCAGCUCCAUCCUCAGCAUACACCCCAACACCAACCACCAUGGGCGACGCCACAAUCCCAAGCUCGAGCAUCACAACCACGACCACCUCUCCCCCACCCCCACAGCCUGGAGCUCACCCGGUCCCAGCUCCUACCAGCUCAGCUUCCGCUCCAGGAUCAUCUAUACCUCCAUCCCCAAAAGCAGGCGAGAUCCCCAGUCCUUCCGCCACAGCAGCAGCAGCAGCAGCAGCAGCAGCACAACAAGUACCACCACCACAGACAACCGCAGCACCCGAACCCACAGCAGCAGCAAUAACAGCCAUAACCCCAUCAACAACAACGAUCCCGCCCUCCCCCCUCCAACCACAGCACCACCACCAACAGCAGCAACAACACCAACACCAAUACACCCCCACAACCCAACACCAGUACAACCACCCCGUCUCCGUCCCCAACGCAACAACAACCCCCUACCCCUCCCUCUACCAACCCCCGACCAGCGCCACCCUCCCAGCCACCACAACCUCCCAACCGACGACCUCCCAGCUGCCCUUGCACUACGACCCCGGCGUGUCGGGGCGGGUGGACCUCGACGAGGCCGAGGGGGGCAUCGUGGCGAACGCCAAGUCGUGGCUCCGCAGUGCGGGGACCAAGUUGGCCGAGGUGGAGGCCGAGGUGUGGAAGAAGAUUAAUGAUGUGCAUGAUAAGUGAACCUCUCUUUUUCAUCAGAGAUGGAUAGUGAAGGGGGGGGCUGUCCGGGGGGCGAAGGGAUAUGUGUUUAUCGGAUGGGAUUGAGGUUGGGGUUUGAAUGGUGGACCGUGUCUUGUUGUGUUCGGCUCCGGGGAAGGAGUUUUGGUCUCUUGUAUGUUGUUUCGGGGUGUUUCGGGUGAUUGAAGUGGGUUUUUGUUCGUGUCGUUCAAUGAGGGUUAGUAGGGCUAAAAGUGAGGAUCUGGGU